ACUUCCUCGGCGUUGGCGGCUAUUCAGUAAUUCGAGUGAGAAUCAAAAACAGAGCCCGUGAAAGGUUUCCGUUGAGGGUUCCGGUGAUCGGAGAAUCUUCCAUUCACGGUUUCGUGACCCAUUCAAAUAUGACGAGCUCAAUUCGAUUUGGGAUCGGGAAACACACUGUGAAUGUAUACACAUCUCUAUACUGAAUAUCCAGACGAAGUUAGGUUAUAGCUACAAUGGCGGAUAUAGGAUGGGGAACCAACGAAGGGAUGAUCAUAUCAAUCUUGGCUCACAGAAAUGCAACGCAACGCAGCUUCAUCCGCGCCGUUUAUGCUGCUAACUACAAUAAGGAUCUUCUCAAUGAAUUGGACAAGGAGCUAUCCGGUGACUUUGAGAGAGCUGUGAUGUUGUGGACUCUUGAGCCAACGGAGAGGGAUGCAUAUUUAGCCAAAGAAUCUACCAAAAUAUUCACCAAAAACAACUGGGUUCUUGUUGAAAUCGCUUGCACUAGACCUUCACUUGAGUUUUUCAAGGCCAAGCAAGCUUACCAGGCUCGCUACAAGACCUCUCUCGAGGAGGAUGUCGCAUACCACACUUCUGGAGAUAUCCGAAAGCUUUUGGUUCCUCUUGUGAGCACCUUCAGAUAUGAUGGAAAUGCUGAUGAGGUUAACGUGAAGCUGGCUAGAUCUGAAGCUAAGAUACUUCACAAGAAGAUCACUGACAAGGCUUACACUGAUGAAGAUCUCAUCAGAAUCUUGACCACAAGAAGCAAAGCUCAGAUCGGAGCAACUCUCAAUCACUUCAAGGACAACUUUGGAAGUUCCAUUAACAAGUACUUGAAAGAAGAUUCGGAAGAUGAAUACGUUCAACUACUCAAAACUGCGAUCAAGUGUCUGACAUAUCCAGAGAAGUACUUUGAGAAGGUUCUACGUCGAGCCAUCAACAAGGUGGGAACAGACGAGUGGGCACUCACUAGAGUGGUCACUACACGAGCAGAGGUCGACAUGGAGCGGAUCAAAGAGGAGUACUUACGCAGGAACAGUGUUCCUCUUGAUCGAGCCAUUGCUAAUGACACUUCUGGUGACUACAAGGAUAUGCUUCUCGCCCUUCUCGGUCACGACCAUGCUUGAAAUAGCAUCAUCGUUUCAUUAUCUUCAAUAAAUAAUCGUGAUUUGGUCCUGCAACUUUUCUGAUUGAUGAGUGUUCUUCAUUUUCUUUAGUCAUUGCUCCUUUGUUUUCUCUUUUUUAUUGGUCGACUCAAUAAUAUA